UGCAAUCACAUGACAGUUCGACUAGAGGAGGAGGAAGUAUUUUAAAUAUGAGAUCGUUUAUUAAAUGUGGUCGAAGAUGAUCGGUGAUGUCAAACGCGGUGCAUACAAAUUUUUGUUUGCUUUAGUGACAUUCAAUAUAUUGAUAUGGCUUUCAGUUUUUCUCUACGGAAUGUUUUAUUACCUUUAUAUACCCGCAGUUGCUCACUUUCGCCCUGUUUACUUCCAUUUUGACUCUUUAUGUUCCAAUGGCACAUGCAACUUUCCUGUGGCUAAUGUUACGCUGGUUAAAAGAGGCCAAGAUCAACUUCUUAGUAGGGGUCAGUCAUACAUCAUUGUACUUGACUUAGAAAUGCCAGAGUCAGAAACGAAUCAAAAUAUAGGUAUGCCAGGAAUGUUCAUGGUUAAGUUAGACAUGCUGGCAAGAAAUGGGGAGACGGUCAAAACUUCUUGCAGAGCAGGAGUUCUUCAUUUUAAAUCUCACCUACAUCGCAUAAUACGAACAUUGUUUUUUGCUCCAUUACUGCUUUCUGGUACGGUCGAAGAAAAACAGUUGGUAUCGGUUUCGUUAUUUGAACAUUAUGAGGAAGAUCCAACCCGACCGGCUUUUACAUCUCGUAUCGAAAUUCAAAGCCAUGCCAUUGAGAUUUAUGCAGCAACUCUUAGAAUUCAUGCUGAAUUCACUGGUUUAAGAUAUUUUAUGUAUUAUUGGCCCAUAUUCUCUGCAGUUUUAGGUAUUGGAACAAAUUUUUUCUUUUUGGCAAUGAUAUCUUUAUUUUCUUGGUUCCGUUUCUUACUUUCAAAAGGAAACGAUACCAUGUUGAUGCUCGACGUCACAGAAACACCUACUAUACUAGAGAUAAGAAGAAUUCAGGCAAUGGAAAGAUUGCAAAAGGAGCGCAAACUAUCUGGUAUUUUUAUUUAUUUUAUAUAACUUAAUUAAUCUAAAAUAUAAUGUAACUUGAUUAUAAUAUGACAUUUUAUACAUACAAGGUGUGAUAAUUUAAUU